UUUUAGAACAGAGUCUUUGGUGACGUAUUGCCCUGAAGAUGGCGGAAGUUCGUUCCUGAUCUAAACCGGAUUCGCUCGGUACGGAUUGUCUAAUAAACUCUUUGAAGACGGAUCGAUUCGGCUUCACGCCUCACAUCUGACCCGCCGAUAUAUUCGGGUGUCCGUGUAGCCGUGUGUCAUGGCCUGCAGUGUUGCUAAAGCAGGCCCUGUUAAUGGCUUUCCUAUGAAAGCGCAGCUGCAGAUCAUGGUGAUCUCGGCCAAACUCAAGGACAACAAGAAGAACUGGUUCGGCCCGAGUCCGUACGUGGAGGUGUGUGUGGACGGCCAGUCCAAAAAGACGGAGAAAUGCAACAACACACACUCGCCCAAAUGGAAGCAGCCGCUCACUGUGAUCGUGACUCCGUUCAGCAAGCUGAUCUUCCGUGUUUGGAGUCACCAGACGCUGAAGUCGGACGUUCUGCUGGGUUUGGCCACCCUCGACGUCAGCGAGACGCUCAAAUCACAUGACAUGAAGAUCUGUGAGGUGGUGCAGACGCUGCAGCUGUGCGCAGACAGAGAUCCGUCUGAUAACAUCGGCGAUCUGUCCGUGUGUCUGGACGGUCUGCAGGUGGAUCCUGAAAUGUUCCAGUCGGCCGAGGCCCUCAAGCAGAAUACUUUAAACGGGGGAUCUGAGCUUAAUGACGACUCAAGCAGAAGUAGAGACCCGUCUCCAUCGGUCACAGAUGGUCAGGAGCAGCCGUCGGCUCCUAACGGCCGUGUGAACGGCAUGGACUCUCCUUCAGCAUCAUCCAGAGGGUCGCGACCCCAGAGACCCCCGCGACCCUCGCGACCUCCGCCGCCGACCCCACGCAGACCCACGUCCUCCCCAGCUUCCUCCACCGGCUCAUUUCCUGAUGGCAGCGAUUCGUCCCGUUCAGACACUCCGGUUCGGAAUCCCACCGGAAGCGGAGCCUUGGAGUCUAGCCCCGCCCCCACAGUGGAGCAGCCUGGUAGGACGUCCCUCAGCGUAGUCCCCGCCCCCAGCAGGAUUCCCAGCAUGGUCAACCCUUGUCCGCUGCCACCUGGUUGGGAGCAGCGGGUGGAUCAGAACGGCCGUGUCUAUUAUGUUGACCAUGUGGAAAAGAGAACAGCAUGGGAGAGACCAGAGCCUCUGCCGACGGGCUGGGAGCGGCGUGUGGACCCGAUGGGCCGGGUGUAUUUUGUGGACCACAUUAGCAGAACCACCACGUGGCAGCAGCCCACAAUGGAGACAGUGCGAAACUACGAGCAGUGGCAGCACCAGCGCAGUCAGCUGCAGGGAGCCAUGCAGCAGUUCAACCAAAGAUUCAUCAUCGGGGAUCAGGCUACAGCCACCCAGAAUAAGGAGUUUGACCCACUGGGACCUCUGCCACAUGGAUGGGAGAAGAGAACGGACAGUAAUGGCAGAGUUUACUUUGUUCAUCACACGACCAGAACGACGCAGUGGGAGGAUCCGCGCACACAAGGUUUGCUGAAUGAGAAACCACUGCCGGAAGGUUGGGAGAUGAGGUUUACGGUUGAUGGCAUCCCUUACUUCGUAGAUCACACCCGGAGAACCACCACUUACAUCGACCCACGGACUGGAAAAUCCUCUCUUGAGAAUGGCCCUCAAAUCACAUACGUACGAGACUUCAAAGCCAAAGUUCAAUACUUCAGAUUCUGGUGUCAGCAAUUAGCAGUGCCACAGCACAUAAAGAUCACCGUCAGCCGCAAAACGCUGUUUGAAGACUCGUUCCAGCAGAUCAUGAGCUUUAACGCUCAGGAUCUCCGGCGCAGGUUGUGGAUCAUCUUCCCCGGGGAGGAGGGGCUUGACUAUGGAGGCGUGGCCAGGGAAUGGUUCUUCCUGUUGUCUCACGAGGUGUUGAACCCCAUGUACUGCCUGUUUGAAUACGCUGGCAAAGACAACUACUGCCUCCAGAUAAACCCCGCCUCCUACAUAAACCCUGACCAAAACAAAUACCUCCUCAUCAUACGACUCAUCACCACCAUGGCCUUGUUUCAUGGGAAAUUCAUCGAUACGGGCUUCUCGCUGCCGUUCUACAAGCGCAUCCUGAACAAGCCCUUGGCCCUGAAAGACUUGGAGUCCAUCGACCCGGAGUUUUACAACUCGCUCAUCUGGAUCAAGGAUAAUAACAUCGAGGAGUGCGGGCUGGAGAUGUUUUUCUCGGUGGAUAAGGAGAUCCUGGGUGAGGUGUCGACUCACGAGCUUAAGCCGGACGGCGGGAACAUCCAGGUCACAGAGGAGAACAAAGAGGAGUACAUCAGGUUGGUGGCAGAGUGGCGUCUGUCUCGUGGUGUCGAGGAACAGACUCAAGCCUUCUUUGAAGGAUUUAAUGAGGUUCUUCCGCAGCAGUACCUCCAGUAUUUCGAUGCCAAAGAGCUGGAGGUGAUGUUAUGUGGAAUGCAAGAAAUAGAUCUGAAUGACUGGCAGAGAAACACCAUUUAUAGACAUUACACCUCCACCAGUAAACAGAUCCUGUGGUUCAAUCAGUUUAUUAAAGAGAUGGACAAUGAGAAGCGCAUGAGACUGUUGCAGUUCGUCAGCGGUACCUGCCGUCUGCCUGUUGGAGGCUUUGCAGACCUAAUGGGGAGUAACGGACCGCAGAAGUUCUGCAUCGAGAAGGUUGGGAAGGAGAACUGGCUUCCCCGCAGCCAUACAUGUUUUAAUCGUCUGGAUCUGCCGCCGUACCGCAGUUACGAGCAGCUGAAGGAGAAGCUGAUGUUUGCUAUUGAGGAGACGGAAGGUUUCGGACAGGAGUGAGACGCUCUCUCUCUCUCAUAUACACACACACACACACACACACACACACACACACACACAAAGAGGACAUCCAUCUCUAAUGCACACUAGUUUUCCUGAGAGGACAGACCGAUGAUCUGACACACAGGUGCAUUAUGGGAAAAUUAGGGUUUCUGCGCUCACCUGUCAUUCGUUAUUAAUUUCUGUAUCCCCGUGAGAUGAGGAGGCUUUAUGCAAGCAUGUCAGAGACGUGACGCUGACGUUUCUACAUGUAAUUAAUCCAGAGAGUGCUGUUCUGAACGACUCCAGAAGAAAGAGCAGACGCUCUGAAGAGUCCCAGAAUGAUCGGAAUGAUUCACCAGAGCUCUGUGAAUGUGUUUUUAUGUUCAUAAACCCUUUGAUGGGUCUCCUUGUGCCUUUUUUCCUCACUGUCAUCCAAACAAACUGAGUUAUUAAAGUGUAGCACUUGACAACAGCAGGAUCUUGAGGUGAGAACCUGAUGGCUUGUUGCACAACUGAUCAAAUUAUUCAUUCAAACUGUCAAGAAACAGCCAGUUUCAUCCCAAAAGCAUUUAGAAAUUGUAUUUUAAAAAUAUUAUUAAAAAUAAAAACCAAUUAAGAUAUUUUGCAUUGUGACUUUAAAACAUGUUCAUGACAAUGAAACACUUUUUUUUUUUCUUUUUUUCUUUUUACAAAUUCUCAUUAGUAUAAUGUGGAAAAUUUAUUUUUCACAUGUUCCUGUAACUGUAAAGUGAAAAAAAACAGUAUAUAUACAUAUACUUUCAAUUGUAAGUAAACAUUGUGUUGUAGUGAAUUUAACUUGUGCUGAUCUAACCAAAAAAAUAAUAAACAUUUAACCAAACUAAUACAUUUGAUAAUUAAAUAACAGAUUUUUUUUUUUUUUUUUACAGAAAUGCAUUUUUUCCACAUUAUGCUAAUAUAAUUUUAAAAAAAUUAAAAAUGUUUGAUUUUCAUGAAAAUACUGUUGCAGUGCAAAAACUGUUACGUAUAUAAGAACAUUGAAAAACCAUUUCAAAUAUAAUGUUAAAACAAUAUAAAAAUAUAUAUAUUUUACUUAAUAUUCAUAGAUAUAUAAAAUAUGAAUUUUGAGGUGAAACAUGGCUUGGACAUUAUGCAAAUGAGUCUAAAAGUUUGCGUGAUUUCAGGACAUUAUUGUUCUUAAUCUCCGAUGUUUCUGAUUUCACGCUCUGGUUCUCCAGCACAAAUUUACAUUACUAAAUUAUUUCUCUGAAAUGAACUGAAAUUGUGUGGUUUUCAGUCGCGGCGCUGGCCUUGAAUCCCUGAAGUGAUAAUGUGAGUUUAUUUGGGCCUAAAUUUGGGAGCAUGCAGUAUUUAUCACAGGUACCGCUCUAGUUCUAUAGGGCGGCUGCUCUAAACGCAGCUUUUUAAGUAUUCUGGAAGCUCUUGGGCUGUUCAGAUCAUAGUUUAUUUCAUUUUUCAUUAAUUAUUUGAAGUGAAUCCUGUCUAAACCACUGGAGGAGCCCAAAGCCCUGCUAUAAAACGUACAGCUGUGAUUCAACGCAUUGCAUUAUGGGUAAUAAUAUCAAGACUCGUAUGGACGACUGUUUUAGGGUGUCAGGGAGGAUCUUUUAGAUUUUCAAAAAAAAAAAAAUCAACAUCAAAUAUUUAUUUAAAAAGCUAUUUUUAUCCAAUUUACCCUGUCUGAAUGAGAAUUUAACCAGUGGUUUAAAUGUGAUAUGGCUCUCUUUUUUUUUCCGACUGAUCCAUGUAAACCAAACCACUAUAUGAACUGAAUCCUGUACAUGGUGUGAAUACUCUCCUCUGUCUUCAGAUUAAUCCAAUGAUUUUAGUAUUAAAGUAGAAGUGGCCGCUUUCACGGUCGUUUCAGAGUUUAUUUACUAGCGUUGAUUUGUAUGUAUAGUCAAAUGUGAAAAUAUGUUCAGCAGUUGAAUAAAAAAUUCUAUGGGAAA